AUGGACAGAGACAAGGCAAUUCAUGAACCUCUCACGGCGCGUCGUUAUUCCCACCACAAACUCAGGCAGCAUGCAAAGACACCGGCCUGUCAGGAUCUAGACCAAGUCCUGGUGCGUGGGAUAGCAAGCGCUCUGCGCGUAGACAGAAGUGAAGCCAGACUCGAUCCUCCCUACGAAGAUGAGCCGGAUUUUGCUGCUGCUCCUCCGCAUUUCGACGGUUCCGCUCAGAUCAAAUGUUACUGGGAUCCAGAUGAUAAGAUCUGCCAGGGCGAUGAAGAGCCGUUCAGCGAUGAGUUCGGCGCGACGACACACCAGCACAUUGCUCUUGUUCGAGCUAUCACCAAAUCUGCACGCAUGAAGAAUCCCAACAACCCUGCGCCAUCGCAGCCAUUUUUCCAGGUCAUGGUCAGAGCGGGACCACAUGAGUGGGAAAGCAUCUAUCGCACUGCCAUCGAUCUGAUCAACAAGCAUUUCCCAGAGAAGUCACAUCCCAGGUCGAAAUACGUCUACCUCGUCACGCCGAGAAUCCGGUUCUUCGCCAAUGAUUGCGUUGCGUUCUCUACUGCAGCCCAGUCUUCCAAUGCCUCGAGUAACUCCGCGAAUUCACAGAAUCAACCAACUGCAGUAGUAUCGACGCCUUAG